AUGGCAUCUCGAUUAUUUAAAAUUACCACUGCUAAUAGAAAAGAAAGAUCUUUGGUUAGUGGAAGUAAUUUAGAAGAAUUGUUGAUUGAUGCUUGCGAUAAUUUAGGAAUUUCCUUCGAUUCUACAUGCAAGAUUGUACUUGAAGAAGAUGGUACAUCUAUUAAAAGAUUUGAGCUUUUGGAGAAGUUAUCAACUUUAUAUCCCAACUCGCCUCUACUGUUAAUGUUGUUGAUAGGAGAUGAAAAAUGGCAGAAGAAAGACUUUGGAAGUGAAAUAAAUAAGUCUUCAACAGUAAUAUCAGGCCGGGGAGAAAAUGAUCAUUCCCUAAAUGAAAAUGAGAGUGGACCUAGCAGUAGUGUAGUACAAAAUCUUGUUCUACCAUGGAACGAAAUUAUUCCAUUAGGAAUGAUGAACGAAGCCUCUCAACCUAUAUCUUAUGAAUUGGAUUUAAUUAAAAAUGUAGGAAAUUAUCAACUUCAUAUUAUAAAGGAUACUUCCUUAGGGACCUGCAAAAAAUUAGCUGAGUUGGUAGUAAAUAAAUUUCCUAAAGUAUUUGGCUAUCAAACAUGGAAUGGAAAUACGGUGUAUUGCUCAGGCGUAUCUCAAUUACAGACGAGGCUUUAUGAUCGAGUCAGGAAAUUAUCUCACGGAAGGAAACGUAAAAAUACAUGUGAUAACGACGAAACAUCCCUUAAUGAAGUCAGUAUUACUAGAUAUGGAAAGAAUCAAGAUAAGUACGGAUGUGUGGCAUUUGAACCAGCAUUACCAGAGGGAGAGACAAAAGAAAGUCAAAUGUUAAAAAAAACAUUGUUGAUUCAAUCCUUUACCUUAGAAAAACCAAUAACUGUAGAGGAAGAAUAUAAUCUAUUAGCCGAAACAUACCCGUCGCAAAGAAUUUGUAUUAAUAAGAGAGAAAUGUUAAAUCUAUCCCUGAGCCAGAUUUUAAAAGAACAUUGGCCCCAUUUGUCUGAAAAAAGGCAUUUCUUGGCACAUUGCUCCACACUGAUUGGAAUAAACGUUUUAAGUGUGUGGAUAGAAAAUACUUCUAAAAAAAUAUGUAUUAUUUAUGAUUACUUUCGAAGUUACGUACAUAAACACAAAAAAUUAAAAUAUGUUCCAGAAAAAGUCAAGAAAUUACAAGAGAUUUUGAAUAAUGUAAAUAUAAAAUGUACCAAUUUAAGAAGUGAUCUUCCAAAAGCAUUGGCAUUCAUUGAAUUGAUACCUACUUUUUUCAAUGAAAUGAAUCUCUUAAGCUUAAUUGACUCAACUGCUACCGAUGAGGAUAUUAUGAAUAUAAAUAAUGAUUCAAAUCGACCCAUCCUAGUUGUAAAAGGAGUGUCUAUUUAUGAUGAAACUUCCAAUAUAUAUAUUAUAAUGGACAAAACAAUAUUAGUCCAGACUGACAGCGUUUUGGAAGGAAUACUUUUGUUUUGCCUUUGCCAUUAUAUGUAUGGAUACAAUUAUGGUGAAAAUAUUUCAUCUUCAUUGGAGUUCAUUCAAAGGAUGUUAAUGGACAUUAAUCCACAAACAGGACACAAGAGAGGAAGAAAAAAUAAAUCAAAAAAAACGGAAGAAGAUUCAAAAGUGAUGAGGUUAAUUGCAAAUAUUGUCAGUUUCAAUUCAUAA